CCCAGCCUCCCUUCCUAGAUAUCCAUCCCACACCUCUCCAACCGCAAACGGCUCGGUGAGAAAAAAAAGAGAGAACAGAACAGUUUAAAACACGUCGGCAUAAAUCUCACAACCAGAGCUCCCCUUUUCUCCUUCCCCUCCUGACGGACUUCAUUACUUUAUUUCUCUGCGCACCAAUGCCCAAGACCACGCCGAAACGAAGGAUUUUUUUCCCUUGAGCAUGAAAAGGAUUGCCAAAUCAUCCGCAAUCCAACAUCACCGAUUGAGCCACCAGCAUGAGCACUGGAUACAUAUGCUCCAGCAGAAGUUGUUGGCUCGAGCAAUAACACAUCUUGGACCGCAAAUACAGCUAAGAGGGGAGAGUCAGUUUUAGGUCUCCACAUAAUGGAGCGAGAAUGAACAGAGAGCGGCUUAAAAAAAAGCAUGAACUGGAGGUUUAUUGAGGUCAUCUGCUUCCUGUUUAUAUGGGACCAUAUAACAGUUCAGUCUUCCCGCCAGGACCCGUUGGCCACUGAGCAACAUGUCACCAAGCAAUAUGACUGGCUCAUCUCUGACCGUGGACCUUUCCACCACUCUCGGAGUUAUCUAUCCUUUGUGGAAAGAUUCCGCCAAGGAUUUACGACCAGAUAUAAAAUUUAUAGGGAAUUUGCACGUUGGAAGGUGAGGAACACAGCCAUCGAGAGGAGGGACCUGAUGCGGAACCCCGUGCCGCUCAUGCCUGAGUUCCAGCACAGCGUACGCCUGCUGGGCCGCAGACCCACGACUCAGCAGUUCAUCGACACCAUCAUCAAGAAAUAUGGAACCCACAUACUCAUCUCAGCCACCCUAGGAGGAGAGGAGGCACUGACCAUGUACCUGGCCAAAAACAAGCUGGACAGGAAGCUUGUCAAUGCAACUCAGAACGUGGAAGCCCUUCAUCAGCUGGCCUCGUCCUACUUCAUCGACCGUGACGGGACGAUGAGGAAGCUGCAUGAGAUCCAAAUUUCCACCAAUGCCAUCAAGGUGACAGAGACACGGACGGGGCCGCUGGGAUGCAGUAGCUAUGACAAUCUCGACUCGGUUAGCUCCAUCCUUCUGCAGAGCCCAGAGAGCAAGAUUAAUCUGCAAGGUCUUCAAGUCAUUUUCCCAGAAUACCUGCAGGAGAAGUUUGUCCAGUCAGCCCUGAGCUACAUCAUGUGCAAUGGAGAAGGAGAGUAUGUGUGCAGUAACAACCAUUGCAUCUGUCAGUGCGCCGACGACUAUCCCCAGUGCAACUGUCCCAUCACUGACAUCCAGAUCAUGGAGAAUAGCCUGCUGGGGAUGUCUGAGUCCUGGGCCUCUUCUUACAAAGACUUUGAGAACUCUGAUGAGUUCAAGUCCUUCCUGAAGAGGCUGCCCUCCACUCACUUCCUGCCCAUCAGCAGUGUGCAUCUCCUGUGGGGCAGUGACUGGGACCUUCAGGCUCGCUACAGGCUCCUUCAGAGUUCCCUGGAGAUCCAGCGGCUCAAGAUCCAGCGCACUGCCCGCAAGCUCUUUGGCCUCAGCAUCCGUUGUCACCACAACCCCAACCACCAGAUGCCUAGGGAGAGAUCCGUGAUGCAGUGGUUGAACAGGGUUCAGUCUUUCCUCUACUGUAAUGAGAACGGGUUCUGGGGGACCUUCCUGGAGAGCCAAAGGACAUGCGUGUGCCACACAGGUGUUACCUUAUGCCAACGACCCAUCCCAUGCGUCAUAGGUGGCAACAACAGCUGCGCCAUGUGCAGCCUGGCCAACAUCUCACAAUGUGGCUCCUGCAACAAAGGCUAUAAGUUGUACCGUGGCCGCUGUGAGCCCCAGAACGUGGAUUCAGAACGUAGCGAGCAGUUCAUCAGCUUUGAAACUGAUCUGGACUUUCAGGACCUGGAACUCAAAUACCUGUUGCAGAAAAUGGAUUCCCGACUCUACAUUCACACGACUUUCAUCAGCAAUGAGAUCCGACUAGAAACCUUCUUUGACCCAAGAUGGCGUAAGCGCAUGUCCCUGACCCUGAAGAGUAACAAAAACCGGAUGGACUACCUCCACAUGAUUAUCGGUCUGUCGAUGAAGAUCUGCCAGAUGAGAAAUAGCAGCAUUGACCCCAUGUUCUUUGUUUAUGUCAACCCCUUCAGUGGUAGCCACUCAGAAGGCUGGAGCAUGCCCUUUGGGGAACAUGGAUACCCACGCUGGGAAAAGGUACGACUACAAAACUCGCAGUGCUUCAACUGGACUCUCCUGCUGGGCAACCGGUGGAAGACCUUCUUUGAGACGGUGCACAUCUACCUGCGUAGCCGCGCUAAGAUCCCAACUGGCUUACGCAAUGACACGGGACAGGGUCCAGUGGAUCUUGGAGAUCCUAACAAGCGUCAGAUCUACAUCAAAAUAUCUGAUAUCCAAGUGUUUGGCUACAGCCUACGCUUUAAUGCCGACCUGCUCCGUAGUGCUGUGCAGCAGGUUAACCAGUCGUACACACAGGGAAAUCAGUUCUACUCCUCCUCAUCGGUCAUGCUCCUGUUGCUGGACAUAAGGGAUCGGAUUAACCGCCUUGCCCCUCCAUCUGCUCCUGGCAAACCCCAGCUGGACCUCUUCUCCUGUAUGCUCAAGCAUAGGCUGAAGCUCAACAACAGCGAGAUGAUUCGAGUGAACCAUGCCUUGGACAUGUACAGCACAGAGAUACUAAAACAAUCAGAUCAUCUGACUGCUAAACUCUGCUGAACAUAGUAACAUUCACAGAAGGACAGCAACAUGAAACACCCAACAAAUGAACUAGGCGGGGAUAUUAAUCUUAAUUUUCUUUUUCUCUUUUUUCAUUUUUGGACCUUUUCUGCCUUUUGAUGUAAUAUUAACUUUGUAAGCAUAAUUCUUAAAGAGAUAAAGGAAAAAGGCACUGAUGAAAAGCAUUUCAGAUUAAGAUAAAGAAGAUUAAUGGAACCACUAUAAAGACUGUAUCAUAUUUGUCCCAGCAUGUCUGUCAUUCCCUAAAAAGAUCUAAAAAAAAAAGAAGAAAAAAAAGAAAUAUUAAAUCUAUGUACUGGUGAAAAAGAGGCCUUGAUUUUACUCCGAGGGAUCAAAGGUUUUAUCUGAAACUGCCAUUCUUUACUGACAAAAACAUUUUUAAAGGAAUAACAAUGGAACACAAGGGCAGACCAGAUAUCCUUUUAUUUCAGCUAAUGUGCAAAGUAUUUCAGACAUUACAGAGAGUUUAAUAUUAAAAAAUGUUUAUACAUGGUAAGGAUUAAAUAGCCCUAGUGACUAAGUAGUCAACACAUUACUUAUAGACUUUAUUACAUUUCAAACCCACAGCAAAUCUGCAUUGUGAGUUAUGAGGCACUCUGUCAUUGCUCUGAUACGUAAGGCACACAGCAGGGCAGUAAUGGAUAGUCAUGUCAAAUAACAAAAGCCAGCUGUUUAUAUAUACAUAUAUAUGUGGAUGAAUGUAUGUUUGCGUGCGCGUGUGCAAAUGUGCGUAUACCUUAUUUUGGCUUGAUGCUUAUUGCUGUUCGUUAAUUGAAUGUGUCAUUUGAGAUUGACUCCAGUCUAAGCAAAAUCUUGCAUUUGGAGCGCUUCUUCCCGUGUUUGAAAUUCAAGCUGUGUUUUUCACAAGGCAGUACCUCCUGGUGCGUGAGUGCAAUAUUGUGGUCUGAAGAUUUAACAAUCAAUGCUAUUUUGUACAGCUUUGCAAAAUGUACAUGUUGUGACUGCUGAUUCGUGGAGCUUUUCCGCACCAAGAGCAAAAUGUAAACAUUCAUCAUUCAGGCACAUUUGCAAGACGACCUAAAGCCAUACACUUCCCUGAGGUAGACAUUAAGUCCAUCCCCGUUCUCAAAAGAACAUACAUUUAAGGAAAUGUUUGGUUUGUAUGUUUUUAUUUUAUCAGUUUGUAGACAAGAGCACAGCAAAAGGGAGAUGACAGGAGGAAGCAUAUUAUGUUGAAUAAGGGUCAUGUUGUAAAGCCAUUGAAUUGCUCUGUUGUGCCACAGGAAGAAGAAAAAGAAAAAAAAGAAAUUGUUAAAUUAAAUCUUAAAAUACCUUUUUGGCAGUGUUUCAUCUGUAAGCGUUUAAUGACCUCGUGUACACAUUUCAGAUGUUUUUGUUUUGCAUGUUGCGGGAAACAUCAACAGAGCUCUGACUGUGUUUAACAUUCAAUCGUCAAAUUGAAAUAUGAAACACUACCGAUGUAAUGUUUGGUCACAUGUUAUUUGGGUAAUCCGAUGCUGAAUCAUAUUGCUUAUGACUUUGUGUAAGUCCAAUCCGUUAACCUGCUAUUAACAACAACAAAGGCAAGGUCACUCGUGUCAUAAAACCUUGCUGUCCUGGUCAUUGAUGGGUUCAACUUAAAAAUAAAAAAGCAGACAUUAAGUCGCUGCUGUCAUGGCUCUCAAACAUCUCCAGGUUUAAAAGCUGCCAGACAAGUUGCAAGACUAACAUCUAAAAAUGCAUACUGUUAUAUUACAAAUUAUUUUAUUGUUUAUUUUGUAUGUCUGUUAGUCAAUGGAUGUAGCUUUAGUUUGGUUGCUUUGGUACUUUUGUUGUGUUUCAUUUUGUGUUCUUUAAAAUACCCAUUUUAAUUUUACAUUGUGAUGAGACUAGUCUUGUGUGGUUAGCUGUAAGCAGAGGCAUUUUACAAUACUGGAAACAUCCAUGAUAGGUAGCUUUGUCAGCUGAAGACUUUACUGCAUCGACAACUGUUAUAGUUGCCUGUAAAUGUGCAUUUCUGUCAUGAUGUAAGUAACAGAACCAUGUAUUUCUGUGUGUGGCCAUGAUGAUCCUUAUGUUUUAAUUGACUGUUUUCAGUCUUUUUGUGAAGCAUUUUUAACUCUUGAGAUGUGCUUUAUAAAUAACAGUUUAGUCACUUAUUAAGUCACUACAAAUGUAAUACAUUUCAGGAGAUUCAGUAGUCAGCAAAAUCAUUUUUCUAUAUCCAAUAUAGUGGUUAUUGCAAAUGUGGUGGCCAGGUCAGGUUCAAAUGAAUCUCACAGUACAAUACUUUAAUCAAUCAGAUAAGAAACAGCAGGAGCAGAGAGGGCAUUGGACCGGUUUAACCUCCAGUUUAAUAAACUGUAUCGUGAUCAGUAUGUCCGCCUGGGUGUGGAUGGUAACUGCAAGCUGUCUCAAAGCUGCUUGGUAUUUUAGUUUAUCAAGCCCAGCUUAUUAGCAUGCUGAUGUUAACAUGAUAGACUUUACACUUUCUCAAAUAUGUUAGCAUCUAUAGCAUUGCCAAUGUAACAUUUGCAUGCUAACGGUACCUCCUUGUGGAUUCAUUUAAGCGAACGUACUGUGGAGUUGAUUUAAACAUACUGAAGCUAAGCCUAACAAGCCUGCAGUCAAUAGGGAUGCAGUAAAUAGUGGACUUUAUUUUUCAGCACUAACAUUGGACCAUCCAAAUGAGUUGUUAGUUAUUAUUAUGAUUAUUAUAAGUGCCUGUUAUCUAUCCCUUUAACACAUUUAGAGCUGGAGGAACCUUUUAGAUGUAACACAGACAAAUGACACUGAAUUAGCUUAAGGAUUUGAGACCGUAAAUGUUGAUCUAAUAUACACUUUCCAUAUCCUCUUGAGAACUUCGCCUUCAAGGAAGUUUGUGCAUGUGGGGAAAUCAGCCACCAGACCAGUCAAGGAUGACUUUUAUAAGUUAUGGUUGAUUUUGUCUUUGUCCCCUGUUGUACAAUAUAUCUGUAAAUAUGAACUCUGUUACAGUAACAACCCUCUGCUACAGUAACAAUAUAAUAAAAUAUAAGAGUAAAUAAAAGGAAUAUAAAGACUACUUAAAAAAAAAACUCUAUUUGAGUACAUCAGCACAAAGUACAGGGCCCCCAUGUCUUCUGUAUCUAAUUAGAUUCAUGACAAUGUACGACUGUUUUAUAUUGUCAAAGCAUACUGUACAUAAAUAUUUAGUUUUGAGCCACUGCAAAGUCCAUGAAACAAGCACAUUUACUCGUAUGGCGUUAUGCUACCACAGUGUUGCUUACAUGUGUCCAUGGAUAUGUCUGAAGAUGUUUACAACUAAUACCUUGCUGAUGUACUUUUUUGCUGUUCUGUUGAGAUCACUAUAUCAGCUUAUUUCAAAUGAAUGUUUCAUAUAAUAAUCUAUUUCUCAUUAAAAGGCUAUAUUUAAUAAGAAGA